AAUUUUUUAAAUAUACUUUUUUAGCUGUAAUGUAAAAGUAAAAAUGUUCACACCCAUAUGUAGUGCUAAUUAGUUAUGAGUAUGAUAAACAGUUUUGAUAUUAUUUGUCAUAUCUGUCAAGAACCAAUAGUAGAAGUUAAUCAAUGUUUCUACUUUUCACCCAAGCGAAAUCAAUAUAUUUGUCAUAAACACUGUUUUAAAUGCGCUUCAUGUAAGCAAAUAUUGUUUGGGAAGGUUUACUUUUUAUCACCUAGAAAAAAAUUUUAUUGCCAUUUGCAUCAUGAUAAUGAAUCACCAAAUGUGCACGAGAAUUUUUUUCGAGAACUUGGAAUAUUUAAGCAGGUAGCAUUAAUGAAAAUAGAGGGGCAUGGUAGGGGAAAAGAAAUUUCUUUUACAUCACAAGCUAACAAUGAUUUUUUAAAGUGUCAAUGCACUGGUGGGGAGCUGUUACUUAUCAAUGAUGGAUACUGGAUCGAAUGUGUGUUAGAAGAAUGCCCAUUUUAUUGUUUUUAUAGAACUUAUAACAGGACUAAUUUUGAAAUACCUUAUUGGAAGUUAAGUACAAAUCACAGUGAUGGGUAUUUUCAAAUUGAUUUUUUUGAAGAAGAACUUUUUGAACUUUGUUUUGCUGAUGAUGAUCAUACUAACUAUUAUUGUGUUGAUGAAAGUAUUGGUCCUAUUGUUUUAAGCAUGAAACAUGGAUUUAUAUCAGGGAAGAGUUGCUAUAGAGUCCUUUUAAGGUCAUCUUCACAUAUUAUUGAAAGUGUGGUCCCACUUUCUUGUUUUUGUUUAUACAAAUAUGAUGAACAGCCUAUGCUUGAUCUAGUUAGAAAAGGAUUAAUAUUGACAUCAGGUUUUACAAAAAUGGUUAAUCCAGAAUCUCCUGCAAAAUUAAAAAGUUUAGACAAAGUUAUGCUAAAAGAUGAAUUGAAAGUUGGUCUUAUUUUUGUAAAAGAAGGUCAAAGACUAGAAGAAGAAUUUUUUACAAACACAGAACACAGCAAAGAGUUUGAUGAUUUUCUUGGUUUCCUAGGUGAUAGGGUUAAGUUAGGAGGAUUUAAGGGAUAUAGUGGUGGUUUAGAUACAAAGCAUUCAUUAACUGGAGAGUAUUCAAUAUACAAAGAAUGGAGAAAUUAUAAAGUAAUGUUUCAUGUUGCAACAUUACUACCAAUGGAUGAACAUGAUGAUUUAAAGCUUCAGAGAAAACGCCAUGUUGGAAAUGAUAUUGUUUGUUUGGUGUUUCUUGAACCUGGUGCUAAAUUUGAGCCAGCAUCAGUUCGUUCUAACUUUUUGCAUAUAUUUAUUGCCGUUCAACCACAUUAUAUCAAUGAUAAGAUAUUUUACAGGGUUUCUGUUGCUUCUCGAAAGACUGUUUUACCUUUUGGACCACCUAUUCCAUUCUCACAGCUGUUUGAAAAAGUACUGGUUUUUUAUUUGAAUGAAUUUUUUCAUGAUUGGCUGUUUGCAAAAAUGAUAAAUGGAGAAAGAUCAAGUUAUCGUUCACUUAAAUUUUUUACAAUGCAGGAGCGAACUCGUCGUCAACUUCUUGAUGAAAUUGUAUAUGAGCAACAGUGCAAAGAAACAGAAAAAUCUCCAAGGGGACCAUUUCAAAGAUUGUGGUUUUCAAGAGCAAGUUCAUUACGAAGUCAGCAAGUCUCUGUAAAUGGAAGUCUUACUCAUUCAAGCUCAAUGGGGGAUGCAGAAUCAAGUAUGAGGGCGGAUGCAGUUCGAGGAAACAGUUUAAGUCAAGUUAGUUAUAAUGGCAUAAAUCAGUUUUCAGAUGUGUUUUUUUUAGUUGGUGACAACAAUGAUGUUGUUUUACCAGCUGUUGGAGCUAUUCUUGCAGCAAGAAGCAGGGUUUUUUAUGAAUUGUUAUAUUGUGAUCAUAUGACAAUAUCUCGAUCUAACUCCAUGCUGUAUUCCAGUUCUACACAAUCCUCUGUUCCAGCUAAUGUUCGCAAAAGGUGGUCAGACUUUUGGAAAAAAGCCUAUACGCUGAAUCAAUAUGUUUCAUCUAAUAAAAAAUCAUCAAAUAUUCAAAAUAGCGAUGUUCCAUUUAUAAAAGAGUUUAGUAUUACAGAAUUUGAACCUUAUGAGUUUCAAGCCCUGUUAGAGUUUAUUCAUAAUGGUUCUUGCUUCAUCCAUAAGGAUAUUUUAAUUGGAGUCGCAUGUGCUGCUGAGUGUUAUGGAGUUCGAGAGUUAAUGCAAUUAUGUGUAGAUUGCUGUAGUGAAUUAAUUAACCCAUAUAAUGCUUGUCUUUUAUUUUCAUCAGUACGUCAAUUUGUGUUGCGAUACAAUGUUGCUAAACUUCUUGAGAAAAAGAUUUCAGAAUUCAUUGUUGUAAAUGCUGACAAAAUAUUUGAUUCAUUUGACAUGGCUUCAUUAUCAGAAGAUUGCUUACUGCAAGUACUUUCCUUAAAUUUAAAGAUGAGUGAAACAAAAAAGUUUAAAUUAAUAAGAAGUUGGUAUAAUCGAGUUUGUGCAUUAGGACUUGAAGACGAAAUUCUUAAAGAAAAUCUUAUUUCAUUUAUCAAUUUUAUUAAAUUUUCAGACGAUGAACUUAAACAAGUUGCAUUGUCUGGCUUUUUGACAAAGAGUUCAUCCAACGUGAAUUACGUUGAAGAAAUCUAAAAGUAACUUUUCCAAUUCAUGUACUACAAGGAUGUAAUUAUGUCUCACGUAAUUGUUCUUUAAUUGAUGCAAUGCAUCAUCGAAGACCGAAAUGUUCACGAAGACAAUUCAACAUUGUUGCACUGCAACAAUGUAACAUUGUUGUCUUCUUUACUCGGUAUUAUUAAACUAAUUUAAGUUUAUUAAAUUUGUAUGCGUGGCGGUUUAUAGAAAUAUGCUGGCUUGUCGGAUGGUUAAGAUAUAGCGCUUUCAAUAUUAAAAUAACUUUCAAUUAUUUAUCUCUUUUUGUGAAUAUUAUAUUUAUUUUUCUCAAGUUUUAUUAGAUUUAACUAUACUAUUAAUUUUUUUUUUUUUUUUUUUUUUU